AUGUCAAAAUUGGAAUUGAAUUUUGUAAAAAUGUAUACAUACGGAGGUGGUGUGGCGCAAGUAAAUAAUUUUGUCUGGACUUCUAUUACUAACACACCACAACAAACAUCCUGUCUGGAGUAUCUCCUGAUCCUACGGAAACUUAUCUUCCCUAAAAUGCUGCUUCUACGAACUUUUCUGAUAGUGGUUAUGUUGCUCGUCGUUCUUCCUACGGCUACUGCAGUAAGGCACUCGUGCAUGGAUCAGUGUUACCGCUCUUCAUGGUACGGUCUGCACUCGUGCAUUCUCCGCUGUAUAUUCGAGGAUGUUGUUCACCCCGUUCACACAACUAAAUCAUCCUUAAACGUCAUUGACAUGUCUGCGCUAAAAUUAUGCGUCUUGUUGGGCACAUUGUCCCUCGUAGUCUCAUUGAGUUCCAGAGAAACAUCUGAAAGUUGUUAUCGAUCGUGCACAGAAAUGGGGAGCAGAGUUUGCCUCAAGACACGCUGUCCUGAAAAAGUGUAUCAGUGCUUCACGCGUUGCUACAAGCUUGAAACCGAAGAGUGCUUCAUCAAGUGCAAACGAAGAGUGUGGUAUCGUUCAGAGUAUUUAUGUAAGAUUCAAUGCCAAUCGAGGAUGUGA